AAUUGAACGAGAAACUAAAUUUUUUGGUCCUCUGAUUAUUGAGAUUAUUGUUUGUAGCAUCCAAUUAUUUUGAAAUUAUACCUGCUUGCCACACUCUGUGGUAUUUUUUAAUGGUCAAUAAGAAGUUACAGAUAUUUCCAAAUUUUACGGGAACAUUCGUAUUACUUGUAGUCCCCCCGGGUUUCCAGGGCUGUAGCCCCAUUGUCUCCCUCUUAAUCCAGCGCUGCCAACGACCUCUGCGAUGGAUCAGCUCGAAUUCAAGCCUGCUUUCGACUCAGUUCAACGAUUAUAUGGAGAUGGAUCACGCAAACGAGUUAUUGGUAAUGGCGUUCGAGGAGAAUCCAUGCUAGUAGCUCGAGGUGAUCGUGAAGGCCUACGGUGAUGGUGCCAGACUGUAUUAAUAAGGUUAAGAUUGUAGAAGUGCAGCCUUAUAAAGAAAACGCGAGUCGGUGGUGCUUUCCAAAUGGUACUUGGGAUCAAUACACCGAUUACAGUCGAUGCAAGGAGUUAUAUCUGGAAAAUCACGUUCCCGGCGUCGAAAUUACGACCACAAUUUACUUCAUUGGAUAUUCGAUCAGCUUGAUUGCACUAACCGUCGCCGUUUUCAUUUUUUGGAAAUUCAAGGAUCUGAAAUGUUUACGCAACACGAUCCACAUGAAUCUGAUGUGCACCUACAUCCUGGCGGACUUCAUGUGGACUUUGACGUAUACGCUGCAGAUGUCACUACAAAGCAACAAGGGAUUAUGCAUUCUGCUCACAAUUCUCCUGCACUACUUUCAUCUAACCAACUUUUUUUGGAUGUUCGUCGAAGGUUUAUAUUUGCACAUUCUCGUCGUGAAAACCUUCACGGGGGACAAUAUUAAAUUACCAGUCUACGCUAUAAUCGGUUGGGGUUGUCCAAUGGUCUUUGUGCUAAUUUGGGGGAUUACAAGGAGCUUUUCGCCGACUGAGAACGAUAGAAAGGCCGGAGAAAUUAUAAGAAGUUGCCCCUGGACACCGCACGUUUCCGAUUGGAUUUAUCAGGUACCGGCGAUGGCAGUUCUUCUAUCAAACGUCGUCUUUAUGGGGGUAAUCAUGUGGGUCCUGAUCACAAAGUUGCGUAGCGCCAACAGCGCCGAAACUCAACAGUACAGAAAAGCGGCGAAAGCUCUGCUCGUCCUGAUUCCAUUACUCGGCAUCACAUACAUUCUUGUCAUAGUCGGACCGGCUGAAGAUGGACUAUUCAAAAGCGUUUACGACAUCGUCAGGGCCGUUUUAUUGUCCACCCAGGGUUUCACCGUCGCCCUCUUCUACUGUUUCCUUAACACGGAAGUGAAAAAUACGGUGAGGCAUCGCUUUAAUAGUUGGCACGCCAGACGCACCGUUGGAUCUCAAAGGGAGUCGAGAUAUAGUGGCAGAGAUUGGUCGCAGAGAUCGAAUCGUUCGAGGGGAGAAAGCUUACGCUUGUACAAUCAGAGUGGCAACAUGUAUCGAAAACGAGAGUCGACUUGCUCGGACGCAACCACAACCACCGUCGUAACAGUCGCAACCACCGGUAAGCAAACUCCUCAAAUUCGCAGCCCUCUGCUGCCGCCGCCGGGUGAACUGGGCUGAGAAAAAGUGCCACGAGAGGAACGACGAGCCACAAUGGACACUCUUUUGGAAGAAGACGGAGUCGGUCCAUGUGGUGGCUACUCUCGUGGCAACUCAAUGUUAAAUUUGCAUAAGUCGCAAUGAAAAACCUUUAUAUGUGUAACAUGUACCAUACUACUAACAGUUUGUUGUAAAGAUGUGUUUGAAUGUUUUUAUUUUGUUGUUAGUGACCUUAUUUCCCCAUAUACCUACCUAGUCUGAUUCUAUAAAACAUGUGGGCCAUUAUUACCAUUAAUUCUUGCUCGUGUUGUAACGGCUGUAUAAUUAUUUUGACAGGUAACUGAGAGAGCCUAUGUGUAAUUUGUAAUUUUAUCAAUUUAACGUAGGUACGUACAUUAGUAGCACGUUCAGCCUCAUCACAUCACAAAACAAUUGUUUCAAUAUCAGCUCUCACUAAUAUACACUAAUACAAAAUAGGUAUGUAUGAACUCCUUACCUUUAUAAAGCUAAUGGAUACGAACAAAAAUUCCUGCACCACCCGCACACUUGCGUAUGCGCGAUUCUGC